AUGGAUUUCCUGCUGCUCGGUCUCUGUCUAUACUGGCUGCUGCGGAGGCCCUCGGGGGUGGUCUUGUGUUUGCUGGGGGCCUGCUUUCAGAUGCUGCCCGCCGCCCCCAGCGGGUGCCCGCAGCUGUGCCGGUGCGAGGGACGGCUGCUGUACUGCGAGGCGCUCAACCUCACCGAGGCGCCCCACAACCUGUCCGGCCUGCUGGGCUUGUCCCUGCGCUACAACAGCCUCUCGGAGCUGCGCGCCGGCCAGUUCACGGGGUUAAUGCAGCUCACGUGGCUCUAUCUGGAUCACAAUCACAUCUGCUCGGUGCAGGGGGACGCCUUUCAGAAACUGCGCCGAGUUAAGGAACUCACACUGAGUUCCAACCAGAUCACCCAACUGGCCAACACCACCUUCCGGCCCAUGCCCAACCUGCGCAGCGUGGACCUCUCGUACAACAAGCUGCAGGCGCUCGCGCCCGAUCUCUUCCACGGGCUGCGGAAGCUCACCACGCUGCACAUGCGGGCCAACGCCAUCCAGUUCGUGCCCGUGCGCAUCUUCCAGGACUGCCGCAGCCUCAAGUUUCUCGACAUCGGAUACAAUCAGCUCAAGAGCCUGGCGCGCAACUCUUUCGCCGGCUUGUUCAAGCUCACCGAGCUGCACCUGGAGCACAACGACUUGGUCAAGGUGAACUUCGCCCACUUCCCCCGCCUCAUCUCCCUGCACUCGCUCUGCCUGAGGAGGAACAAGGUAGCCAUUGUGGUCAGCUCUCUGGACUGGGUAUGGAACCUGGAGAAAAUGGACCUGUCGGGCAACGAGAUCGAGUACAUGGAGCCCCAUGUGUUCGAGACCGUGCCACAGCUCCAGUCCCUGCAGCUGGACUCCAACCGUCUCACCUACAUCGAGCCCCGUAUCCUCAACUCCUGGAAGUCGCUGACGAGCGUUACCCUGGCCGGGAACCUCUGGGACUGUGGGCGCAACGUGUGCGCCCUGGCCUCGUGGCUCAGCAACUUCCAGGGGCGCUACGAUGGCAACUUGCAGUGCGCCAGCCCCGAGUACGCACAGGGCGAGGACGUCCUGGACGCCGUGUACGCUUUCCACCUGUGCGAGGAGGGGGCCGAGCCCACCAGCGGCCACCUGCUCUCCGCCGUCACCAACCACAGCGACCUGGGAUCCCCCGCCGGCCCGGCCACCACUCUCGCUGACGGCAGGGAGGGACAGCCCGACAGCACGCCUGAGCUGGCUACCGUGGCCCUCCCCGGCGGCGAACACGCCGAGAACGCUGUGCAGAUUCACAAGGUGGUCACCGGCACCAUGGCCCUCAUUUUCUCCUUCCUCAUCGUGGUCCUGGUGCUCUAUGUCUCUUGGAAGUGCUUCCCAGCCAGUCUCAGGCAGCUCAGACAGUGCUUUGUGACGCAGCGCAGGAAGCAAAAGCAGAAACAGACCAUGCAUCAGAUGGCUGCCAUGUCGGCCCAGGAAUACUACGUUGAUUACAAACCGAACCACAUUGAGGGAGCCCUGGUCAUCAUCAACGAGUAUGGCUCGUGUACCUGCCACCAGCAGCCCGCCAGGGAAUGCGAGGUGUGA